AUGAAGAGAGUUUCAGUAAAUAGACAGAAUUUAUAUAUGAAAGUUGCAUUGAUACCGUUAUGUGCAAUAUUUAUAACAUUGUUGUACAUCCGGAUAACAAUGAAUACAGAUACUUUCGUAAAUCCUGGGGAUAAUUAUCCGAAAAACUUACAAAAACAAAGGAAAAAUAUCUUCAAACACUUAAAUGGAACAUAUCUUGAUUAUACCGGCGCUGGAAUUUAUCUAGAUCAAGCAAUUUCACAAUAUGAAUACGAUUUAUUAACAAUGCCAAUCAAUGUUAACAAGACAAAGAUAAUAGAAGAAAUUCGUUCAGAACUUUUGAAAUUCGUAGGAGCCGAUCCUUCAAUUUAUUCCGUCAUUUUUGUUGCAAGUGCUACACAAGCCAUGAAGCUUGUCGGAGAAAAUUUCCCAUGGACAAAAGAUAGCACAUAUGCAUACACUUUAUACAAUCAUAAUUCAAUUUUAGGCGUUCGAAAAUACGCAAUCAAGCAUGGCUCAAAGUUUAGAUCAAUUAAUGAUCUUAAAGAUGUUUACAAUUUACCAUACUCAGAAUCUUCAAAGAAUUUGUUCGUUUUUCCACUUGAAGAAAACUUUGCGGGAGGAAAAAACGAUCCAGAACAAAUUUCGAAGCUUCUUAAUGAUAAGGAAUGGCGUAAGAGAUGGACUAUUGUUGCAGAUUCUGCUGCAUUCCUUCCAACAAAUCCAUUAGAUUUAUCAAAAACAGAUUACGAUGCCGUAAUCAUGUCAUUUUACAAGAUAUUUGGUUUUCCAAAUACAGGUGCUUUAGUUAUUAAGAAAUCUCUACUAAAAAUGCUUGAGAAGAAAACAUAUACAUCUAAUUCGGCGAAAUAUUCAUCUCCAGACGAUGAUUACUUCGAAGUAUACUCAUUUGAGGAUGAUGAACCUCCUUUCGAACUUACACUUGCAGUUAAAUAUGGAUUAGAAUCAAUUAAUUCAAUUGGCAUGAAUAAAAUCCAAGAACAUGUUGCUCGCCUUACAGAUAGACUUUAUAAAGGACUCACAUCGCUUUCCCAUGGCAAUGGAGCUGAAGCAGUCAAAGUUUAUGGAAAUCAUGGUCAAGGAAUUACGAGACAAGGCGGAAUUGUUGCAUUUAACUUGAAGAGAACAGAAGAUGAUUACUUUGGCUACUACGAAGUCGUCAAAUCUGCAGGUGAAGCCGGAUUUCAUUUGAGAGGUGGCUGCCAUUGCAAUCCAGGUGCUUGUUUCGACUUCAUGAAGAUACCAGAAUCAAGAGUGAGGUCUUAUUUCGAUGCUAAAACAACUUGUGGCGAUGAAAACGAUGUAAUUGACGGAAUUCCUCUUGGAGCUGUUAGAGCUUCCCUUGGAUGGGGCUCAACAGAGCAAGAUGUUGAUAAUUUCCUUCAAUGGAUUACACAAAACUAUGUUUUUUAA